AUACACAUUUCCGAUAACAUACAUGCAUGUACUAAUGAAAGAGAAACAAAACAUAUGUCUAUAUCCCUUCACCAAUAUCUAUGCAAAUUCCUUGUCGGAACAGAAAAUCACGUGAAGAUAAUACGACAAAUGAAUACAGUAUGCGAUAAUUUAUCAAAUGAUGAUAUUUCAGUACAAAUUACCAGCGGUAGUUUUGGUGAAGGACUGCAGAUGCGUGGUAGCGAUAUAGAUGUAAUGCUUGUAUUAAGAUUCAUCGAGGUCCACGAUAACAUAACAACUAUUGCUUUCAAUCCUACAAAAACGUAUUUCAUACUGAUGACAGACAAUACAAACUCAAGUUUUGCAAUGUUACGUCUCGUAAGUAGUCCUCAUCGCCGAUUGGUAGAAAGUUGUGAAACAUUCCAAGGGAAUUAUUAUCUGUCAAGUGCCUUAUUUAAAAGACUAUUUUUGAGUGAGUUUUGUCCCGUUGAACAUGGACCUUGCGUAUCCGACAAACAUAGUUAUACUGAUUAUGCUCCUUGCCUGCAUAGUAGAUCAUGGGUCAAGACAGCAUCACGAUGGAUUGUGAAGUCCAAUAAUCCUUGGCCAAAUGAAAACACAAAGCAGAUGAUUAUCAACCACGGUGUGCUUUUUGUGCCAAUUGGUAGUAAAGAAUCAGCAAACGAGAAAUUGGAAUGGCGAAUGUCAUUCUCAGUUGGUGAAAAACUUCUUAUGUAUACGUUUAGUCAUACGCAAUUACUGUGUUAUGCCCUCAUGAAAAUUCUUUUAAAGGAUGUAAUAAAUACUAAUAGUAGAUGUAAAGACUUAAUAUGUUCUUAUUAUAUAAAGACAAUCGUUUUCUGGAUAUCAGAAGAAUUACAACCCUCUGUGUGGACACCUGACAAUUUGAUACAGUGUUUUAUGAGAUGUUUUAGUCGGCUGAUUUAUUGUGUGCAGUAUCAAGUUUGUCCGCAUUAUUUCAUUCCAGAAAAUAAUUUGUUUGAGAAUAAGAUAGAAGGAAUAGAUAGGAAUAAUUUGAUUGAUACACUAAGUGUGCUAUUUAGCUAUGGAUGGCGAUGUAUUUUAUUCUCUGAUCAAAUAUCAGAUGGUCCGAUUUUAUUAAACAACAUCCAAAAUUAUCAAAGUUUCUUGUAUUAUGAUGAUCUUAACAAAUUGUUAAAGUCAAGUACGUCCAUACGUGUUUCCUCUUUGACAGAUAAACACUAUAACUUCUGUAGAUCUGUACAUACAAUAAUUUCUUGUAACUCUAAGAAAUUGAAAUUCAUUCAUGAGUAUUUCAUGUCAUGGAUAUGCAACUUAAAAUGCCAGUCGAUAUAUGUGAGCAGUACAAUCAGGAAUAAGAAUCAAUAUAAACAACACAAAACGUGUCUGAGUUAUCUACUAAUGAGCACCAACCAUGAUUCUGUAUCCGGAUGGUUGAUGCUUGCUUCGUUUUUCUACAAGGGAAACCAAUAUAAAAAAUCGCUCAUACUUAUCUUGUAUGCAUUAUCAAAGUGUACACUUGACAAAUUAAUCCGUGGAACAGAAUUGACAGCCAUGCAACGUCUUCUAGUCAAAUGGCACUUGAUAUAUAAGCAACGAGUGGUGCGCUCGUUAAAAUUCAUGCUGGUAGAUCAUGUCAAUUUUGCAACGUCUGCAUUUAUUCCUAUGGAACUGCUAAUAGUAGAAAGUGGUUUUGUAAUACCGCCUGUAGUGUAUGCACAUUUUUUGUCUUUCCUGUGUCAUUACCAUCUGAAUAAUGUGCGAGAAUGUCAAAUUUCCCUUCGAGAUCUUCAAUUGACAAUAGCCGAAGAUUACUUCAUGGGAGAGGAUAUAUUUCCUAAAGCAUUUUCUAAAUACUGUCUUGGCACUGCUUUGCAGUUAAUAGGAGAUCAUUUAUCAGCCAAACAAGCUUUUACUGAGACUGUGCAAAUAUUGCAUUCGUAUCCAUUCUUUAUUAGGCCAUUAAAAAGACUUUCUAUGAUAGCUUCCGUAUGAACAAAAAUAUCUUAUACAAUAAAUGUACGUGUUUAUUUUGAUGAAUGGUAACAGGAAUCGCACUAAUUUAACUGUUAAGUUAUUUACUUAAAAAAUAUAAUUUACAAUCGUAUUGAAUAUUUCUUCCGUACCGAACAUAUAUAACUCAACUGCAGUUGCUUAUGGUCGGUUACAUAAACUUGUAUUGUGAAUUUGUUGAAAUCAUAGUUUUCAUAGACUAAUACAUCGGUAAACACCUGGAAUAAGGUUGACAAAUUCUUUACAUCCAUAAAAUGUUUACGACCUUUGACAAUAGAUUGCAUGCGAAUAACAAAAGUUUAUAAAUACGUUCAGAAAAGGGCUCAUACCGUAAGCAAUUUAAGUUUUAAAAUAAACAGCAUAUUUAAUGAAUAUUGAGUUCAUACCAACGAUAUUGGUAUUUUGCGAAACGGAAAGAAAAGAGUUAGCAUGUUUAAGGCAUCGUAAAAAAUUGUAACGAAUGUUACAGUUUUCAUUUGUUUUCAAAUUAGAUAUACUAUUACGUGAAUUACAAUAUCUUUGUUAUUUUUAUAUACGAUGAUUCCCGGUGUUUUUUUUAAAGUUUUAAAUCAUACUCUUUAAAACAAAUUAACCCUUCUUUCAAUACUGUUGCAUUCAUAGUCGUUAAAUUCUCCCUCCCCCUGUUCGUCCGAAUUUAAAGUAUUUAAUCUCUAAAUUUAAUAGGCUAUACACAAGACAAACACAGAUAUAGGAUUAGUUGCUGGCAGUAUCAUCUUAUUUUUUCUUGCGAUAAAAUAUUUUAUUUUACUAUAUUGUACAUAUUUCUUCGAUUGAAA